CGCGGCCAUGCGGGCCCCGGGGCCGUGCGCGGAGUGCGGAGCCCGGGGCGCGGCCCGGUACCGCUGUCCGCGCUGCGGCAGCGCUUACUGCUCCGUGCCGUGCUGCCGGACCCACCGCGAGCGCUGCGCGCCGGAUUCCCCGCGGGAGCGGGCGGCGGCCGGGCACGGCCCCAGCCCCGGCCCCGCACACGGCCCCUGGUCCGUGGAGGACAUCCUGGGCGAGGAGGACGAGCAGGACCGCGUCCCGCUGCAGAAGCUCAAGCUCCUGGGAGAAUCAGAAGAACUGCGGGGUUUGCUGCUGAACCCCCACCUCCGGCAGCUGCUGCUCACCAUCGACCAGGCGCAGGACAGAAGCUCCCUCAUGAGGAGGUUCAUGCAGGAGCCUCUGUUCGUGGAGUUCGCUGACUGCUGCCUGAGAAUUGUGGAGCCUCCCGAGAAGGAGAACAUCCUCCCCGAGUGAGCUGCUGUGGGAAUGUUUAUUUUUUUUUCCCUUGAUGUUAAUUUUUUUUUGAGAUUUGCCAGCAGCCAGAGCUGCCCCAUUGUGUGUCUUGGUCCCUUUGCCCAUGGGUGUCAGUGCUCUGAUUUCAGCUUAGAGCUGACAAACUGUGACAGGGCUGUGUUGGGACAGAGUUUUAGAUCCUGGGGGUUGAACUUGAUACUCAGUGGAAUUCUUUCUAUUGGCACAGAAAUGCUGGCAGCCACGGGAAAUGUUGCUUCACGGUGACAGUAUUAAAUAAUUUGCAUUUAUUUUAA